CCUACUUUUAGCAAAUGUUCACAAGACUUCCUUUCAAAAUAAGACUUCCUGUAUCACAUAGGAUCUUCUUGAUGGAGCAAAUCUAGUGGUAGAUAGUGUAAUGUCAGCAAUAGAAAAUAUCUAUAUAUUUUCAAACUUUUGUGGUGCUUCAUAGUCAGAAAUUCAUGAAUUUAACUUUCUAAAAUCAAAACAGAGCUAGUUAACUGUAUUUCUUGAACCAUGAGGCAUGCUUAAAACACGAGAAUUUGUCCAAAUUUAGUUCUUGAUUACUGACCCACUAUGGCUACUGUAAUUUGAAGGGCCGCAGGGUGAUAAGUUAUUUGACUUUUUUUUUACUUUUCUUUUUUUUUUUUAACUUUGCUUUACAGUUACUUUUAUUUUUUUGUAUUUUUCUUUUACCGGUGAGCCACAUUGAAGUGGUAGAAGAGCCAGAUGUGGCUCUGGAGCCACAGGUUGCAAAUCCCUAUGCAAAGGUGGUGAUGGUGCAUUGUAAACAAUAUUUUUAAGGUUGAUUUGAAUGAAUUUGUAAUGAAUUUUAUCCCCCGCCACCACACCCACUACAGCCAUCAUACACACACACACAGCUUUUACAAUAAAAUCUAGUAUUUAGCUUGUUAUUAUUGAUUUACUUUUGUUGUUUUUUUCUUUCUUCAGAAGAGAUGAGCUCUCAAGUCAGACUGAGACUUCUCCCGAGUGCCAGGUGUUUGUUCGAUGAGCCCAUUCAGGUAAAAGUGUCACAUCUGAGAUCCAGACAGGUGAUCACCAUUAAAGCCAGCUCGACUGAUGAAAAAGGAGUUCUGUUCAGCUCUUCAGCCACUUACAGGGCUGAUGGCAAUGGAGACAUUGACCUGGUCAGAGACGCCUCACUCAGCGGGAGCUACGUUGGAGUUGAACCCAUGGGUCUACUGAGGACACUGAAACCAAACACUCUGAACACAUAUUUUUAUAAGAACAAAGCACUAGAGCCUCACAUGGUGAAACUUACUGUGCAUGACGAUGAAGAACAGGACCGGAUGCUGGCAGAGGUGACCAAUGAGAGGUUUUUGAUGGCAGACGGGGUCAGGCGAGUUUCUGUGAAAGAAGGGAACUUUCAUGGAGUUCUCUUUACUCCCCCAGACGCCAGAAUAAACGUGGUAGACUGAAAACUGGACUCAGAAAACUGGUGUCAGAAGGAACUUUGUGAGAAGACAGGAAAGACAGAAGCAAUCCCUUGGUCAAAGAACCAGGAUGUCGUCCAAAAUGUGGGGAUUAGACAAGGCAGCAAGUGGGAACCAGCCACUGUGAUAAAUAAACACAGCCUGCCAAGAUCCUACAUGGUCAAAACUCAAGUGGACAAGUGUACAGGAGGAACCGCAGACAUUUGCUCCAAACUUAAGAGACUUCAUUUCCAGAGACAUUCCAUGACACAUGUGUCAGAGAACACGUGAGGUGGAACCAGACACAGUUUCAAGUGUGGACCCAUCCUGUUGCUCUGAAGAUGGUUUCACUGAACCUCAGAGUCAAGUGAUGACAUAUCAGUGAUGACUGAUAACACUGCGUGUGUCAACAGCCCUGUGAAA